UGUUAUUAGAGAUGAUCUGAUAUCAAUCUCUACAAAAUCCCAACUAAACACCAUUUAUUGCAAGACUUUUCUUUUUCUUUCUUUCUCCCUUUAUAUUUUUUUGUUCUCCUAAAAAAAAACUUAAUUUAUCUUUUGUCCGUCUCUUUUUGGUGCUCUUCUCAACGUUGGACCACCUCAUCUCUUCUUGCUUUUGCCAUAUCUACUGGAAAUAAGUUAUAUAAAGUUAUAAACUCAAACCACCAAAUCGCUAACCUUGAUCUCUCUGAGAUUAAAAGCUAAAACUACCAAUUUUUGUGAAUACUACAAUACAAAAAAAAUUAACCCUCAACUUUUGAUUGCCAUCAAAAAAAUAGAAUACUGGCUUGUUGAAGUUCUCUAAAUUGCAAGCAUCGCAUUGCUACUUUUCGGCGACUUUUUCCCUUUCAUCACUUUACACUAAGCAGUAGAAAGUUUGCGUGAGAGGAAUUAAUUGCCUUUGACGUGGCUUAACUUGUGUUUUUAUAAAAUUUUUCGGCUUGUUUUGAUUUUGUUCUGUUCUUAUCUUUUUCUGGUUUUUAUUUUUUCGUAUUGGUUUAUUUCAUUUUGUUGAUUUUUUCCCUUCUUUCUUCUCGAUUCAGUCUUCCAUAGUCUUCAUGGAUCUUUCACGUCAAACCCGUAUUGUCUUACUAUUAAGCAUUGACAUCACCUUUUUCUUUAUUGAAAUUAUUACCGGCUAUGCGAUUGACUCGCUGGCUCUCAUAGCUGAUUCCUUCCAUAUGCUUAAUGACAUUGUUAGCUUGCUCGUUGCUCUUUGGGCCACCAAGCUUGCCCAUUCUACCGACUAUGAGUCCAAAUACACUUAUGGCUGGCAAAGAGCUGAAAUUUUGGGUGCUUUGGCCAAUGGCGUCUUCUUAAUUGCCCUUUGCAUGUUCAUUUUCAUGGAAGCCAUCCAACGCUUUAUCGAACCGCCUUCCGUUAGCAAUCCUAAACUUAUGCUUGUCGUCGGCUCCAUGGGUCUUCUCAGUAAUAUCAUUGGUAUGUUCCUUUUCCAUGACCAUAGUCAUGCUCAUGGCCACGAUCACUCAUCUCAUGCUCGUAACUACGAAUUCCCAGAAGAAAUCGAUGACAUCGAAUCUGUUUUACCUUCCACCAUCGUCAAUCGCUGUCAUUUUCAAGAUGUCCCUCAUGACCAUCCUGCUGCCGACAUCGCUGCUACGGAAAACUCCCCCUUGCUAAGCUACAUUGGCUUACCCUCUGGCUCCGCCUCUCCCCGAAAAUCUUCUAGCAAUCAUGGUGCUAUUCCCACUUCUUCGUCUCAAAAAGGACAAAAAUCCAAACGUAAUCUUAACAUGCAUGGCGUUUUCCUUCACGUAUUGGGAGAUGCCCUUGGCAAUGUUGGCGUGAUCAGCGCUGCCUUGGUCAUUGGAUAUACGGAUUACUCUUGGCGCUAUCUUUUUGAUCCUUGUGUAAGUGUUUUGCUCACUUUUAUUAUCCUUCUCAGUGCCAUUCCCCUUUGCAAGUCUGCCGCCCUGAUUUUAUUGCAGGUUGCUCCUCAGAGCAUUCGCAUUGAAGAUGUCUCACACCUAAUUGGUCAAUUAAACGGCGUUGAAUCAGUUCAUGAGCUUCACAUCUGGCAACUGUCGGAUGUAAAGUUGAUUGCUACUGUUCACGUUUGUGUUACUCUUCCUGAUGAUCAGGGCGAGUCUUAUAUGAAGUUGACCAAGGACAUCAAUAAGGUUCUUCAAUCCUUUGGUAUCCAUGAAUGUACUAUUCAACCAGAAUUUGCUAAUCACCCGUCCCUUUGCCCUACUGCUAACUGAAAUAUGUGCCAUUCCUGAACGCACAUUCAAUGACCACAUAACAACAAUAAGGGAUACUUUUACAUCCUUUCGCUUCCUUUUUACGAUCUUAUGCCUAUUAUCAAUUUAAUAAUUAUGGCCUAAAGUAAUAAAAUCACGUUUGAUUUGGACCGCUUACUUAUGCUUCCGUCAGACUAAUUGAAAUUUUUCUAUCUUGUUUAGAUUUUAUAUUUAUCGAUUUGUACUAUUCAUUCACU